CAGGAGGACCACCGUGCCCCUCGAAAGCAAUCGCAAGCGACAUCGUCACCCCUUCGAGCAUGUCCCAAGCCAAGCAAAGCCCCAGCAAGAUGCUGGUUAUGCUCCCCAUUUUUUUCAUGGCUCAAAAGGUCACCUACACCGACGAUCUUGUCAACAUUCUCCGUAUUUCCUACUACGCCGUCCAAGCCGUCACCCUUUUUGUCGCCUACGUAUAUAUUCGCAACAAAAUCAUAGCGGCCAACGAUCGCACCCCCAUAUACCUUCCCCCUGUGGCCUUGCCCUUCGGCAUGGGUCCUGCUGCGGACAACCCCCGGCCAAAGGAAACCAGCUACGUUGACCACGAGAUGGAGCAGUUGAACACACUGAUCCGUUCCACCCUGAUCGGCGUCGCGAUGGUCUCUUUCAUGCAUUGGAAGAUGGGCGUGAAACCCGUCCUCCUGCUCCAAACCCUCAUGGGCCCGAUGAACCUGAUGGACAAUGGGCUGGUUAAGAAAUACGUGUUGGGGAGCAAGGAGCGUGUCUGGGGGGAGCUUCUAGACGGGGAAGAUGACGCGACGAUCCCUGUCGGGGCUGUCGGGGCGGUGGAGAAGGAGGGAGAAGGGGAGAGCGUGGAGGAGAAGGCUAAACGGAUGGAGAAGGUGAUGGACGAGGUCUUUAACAAGGAGAAGCCCUGUGCGGCCCUGCUCAAAGUGUUACAGAAGGAGACUGUCAAUUACCAGACGCAGCAGGAGCAAUACAGUCGCCCCGAUGUGACGGAGGAGCAAGUCAAGCAAGCGCUGUUCCUGGGUGCCCAUAAAUUCCAUAGGGACGAAGACGGGUGCACGGCCCUACACUGGGCAGCCAUGAAAGGGGCGGUGGCGGCUGCUACGGUUUUGACCUCAGGGAGUAAUCGCGACGUCGAGAAAUUGCUUGGAAUGCAAGAUGGGGACAAGAAAACGGCCUUGGAACUGGCGAAAGAAAGUAUUGAGCCGACUCACGAGCAAGUGGAGGCAAUUUUACAGGCUGCGGAGAAGAGGAUUGAGGCAGCGAUGGUAGAAAAUUUGGAUUGAAUGGGCUGCAUCCAGUAUAGGAAGGAGGUUUGAGUUUGUGGUGAGCGAGGAACAACGCUGUGAAUAGAGUGGAAGAAACGGAUUGACUUGAGGACAGUGGCUCGAUCAAGAGAAGCAGAUAGAAGAAUUAAGUUUUUGGAAGCGCAAUGAAGAAAUGAGAAGAAGGAUAUGGGGGAUGUUGUUUCUUGAUGCGAGGCACUGCUUUUUGCAAGUGAUGCACUUUCAUGUCCAAGGGCGCCAAAAGUGAAAUGCGUGGUCUCUUCAUUCCAGUAAAGUAAAAAUCAAACGAUCAAAUUCUCCA